CCUUCUUUUUGGCAGUUUUUCCCAUCUUUGCCAUCUGGCCUGGCACUGUGCCCAUUCAGCUCCACUGACAGGAGCCCCAGGGAAGCAGGCAGAUGGGGUGGGGACCAGGGCAGGGCCUGGCAGCCUCUCAACACCCAGCUUGGGCCAUUGUGUGUGUGUGUCUGUUAGAAAGGGGUGACUUUUUGACAGAAAGGACUUCUCCACUUUGGAAUUCAGUAACGAAGGCAUAACCAUCUGCUUUAUGGGUCUCUAACUGUACCUUUAUUUUAUUUUAUUUUUUAAUGUUUAUUUAUUAUUGAGAGACAGAGAGACACAGAGUGUGAGCAGGGGGAGGCAUAGAGAGAGGGGGAGACAUAGAAUCUGAAGUAGGCUCCAGGCUCUGAGCUGUCAGCACAGAGCCCGACGCGGGGCUCGAACCCACAAACUGCGAGAUCAUGACAUCAUGACCUGAGCCGAAGUUGGUAGCUUAACCAACUGAGCCACCCAGGCACCCCUCUAACUGUGCCUUUAAGCAGAAGCUCACCUAGUACCUUAUGGUCUCUUUAACAUUGUAACUUUAUUCACAGAAAUACUUGGGAUUCUUGGAAAAUAAUUACUCAUUCACUCAUUCAUUGUCAGGCAUGUGCCUCCCAGUUGUAAGAAGCUAUUGAUUCUUCAAGCAAUGGUUCAGAAUGAUAAAGUGUUACUGUAGUUAUAGUGUAAACUGUUUUUGAAAUUUUAAUGUAGGCUGUUCCCGAACAGGCCUUUUAGGGGACAUGGUCCUUUACUAAGUGAGUUAGACACGUGGACAAGAUAGGAGUGUGAUAAGAAGCGGUUGACUGAUUGAUACAAAAGAUAUUGCAGCAAGAUUACAGGAUAGGUGGAUAUUGGGGGUGGGGGAAGAUUUCCUUCCAGGGGUCCAAUGACUGUCACAAGGGCCUGCUAAGCAGACUGAAGUGUUAGUGAGCUUAGGAAUAAAGCGAUGGAAGAUAGGGCCCCACCCAAUGACCUUACCAUCUAGGUGGGGAUAAUGGAAUCAAAUAAACACACAUAAAACAACCGGAGGAGUUCAAGGCAGCAAACUAAGUGCUUAAGUAGGUAAGAGGACAUCCUAAGGAGGGGCACACUUGUGUGUGUGUGUGUGUGUGUGUGUGUGUGUGUGUGAAAACAAGAGGACUCUGUUACCAGUGUUUGAAAGUCGAGAAAAAGUGGGCUAUUAAAAAGUAUAUAUUGCACCUGGGCAAAUAAGGAAGUAAACACUAUUUGUGGGCACAGAUUUCUUUUUUCUUUUUCUUUUUAAUGUUUAUUCAUUUUUAGAGAGACAGCAUGAGCAGGGAAGGAGGCAGAGAGAGAGAGGAGGACAGAGGAUCCGAAGCGGGCUCUUGCGCUGACAGCAGUGAGCCCAACUUGGGGCUCAAACCCACGAACUGCGAGAGCAUGACCUCAGCUGAAGUUGGACCCUCUGACGGCUGAGCCCCCUGGGCGCCCCUAUGGGCACAGAUUUCUCAUGGGCUAAGAGACCAAGUGCUCCAUGCAACAUGCGUCCUCACAUCCAACCAUCCACUCUUGUUGCAAGCAGCGGGGCAGCUUGGAGCUGGGUUGGAAUCCUGAGUUUGAAUGCCAACCGGAGCUCUAGAGCUUCUGUUUCCUUUCCCGUAAAAAUCAGGAUGAACCCCUAGCUCAAAGGACUGUUGGAAGGAAUAAAGAUGAAGCGCCUAAAAUACCCCAGGAUGUGGCGGAUGGUCAGUAAACGAUCGCUAGCAAUUUUCACGCAACAUAUAUUGAGGUAGUGGCUCGGACUACAACGAUGACUAAGUCCCAGUCCGCAGCCCCUCCCUCCAAGAGCUCACAGUCUAGUGGGAGGGGCAGACCAAGAACAGCUCAUUACAAUACAGGUGGGACACCCAAGGGAAACCUGUGCACAGAGUGGAAGCACCUGUGAGGGAACUACAGCUGUCCUGUGGGGAGGGAGGGAGUCAGGCAAGGCUUUCCGGAGUCCUAAGAAAUGAUUGACUUUGCCAGCUGGGGAAUGGGAGGCAGAGCACGUGCAAAAGGCAUGUGCCCAAUUAUCAUUAGCUUGGUGUGACCGGAGCAAAGAAGCAUGGGGGGGGGGGGGGGGGGGGGACAUGGGUCAGGGAAAGAGUCUCAUUUCAUUUGCCUUUCUGUGUGUUUCAUCCCCCUGUAGUAUUAUUUUCAUUGUUGAAAUGGGUAUUUUGCAGAGGAAACGUUUAUUUCCUUUAUUCUACGAGACCUCUCACAAGUCUUAAACUGCUGGUAGUCGUAGUUGGGGGGAGAACAAAUGAGCAAAAAACCCACAAGAAAACUCUUAGAGUCAGGUUUACAAUUUGGUUCCAUGCAAGAAGUUAAGCAGUUCCAGGGCUCGUGGCUGGCUCAGUUGGUGGAGCACGAGACUCUUGAUCUCGGGGUUGUGAGUUUGAGCCCCAUGUUGGGUGUAGAGAUUACUUAAAAAUAAAAUCUUAAAAAAAAAAGAAUUUAAGCAGUUUCUCUUGAAAGGAAUAAAUCCAGUAUCUUGGAAUAAUUGCUCAGGGUCUCCAGAUGACCCUGCUCCCUCAGAUGGCAUGUGGACCCCACGUUCACAGCAUUAUUCACAAUAGCCAAAACGUAUAAAAUUCCAAGUAACCAUUGCCAGAUGAAUAGAUUAAAAACAAUUUAUGCAUAUAUUAUUCCGCUAUUAAAAAAAAGAUUGCAAUUCUGAUACGUACUACAACAUGGAUGGACUUUGAAAACUUUAUGUGAAGUGAAAUAAGCCAGACAGAAAAGGACAGAUACUAUAUGAUUCCACUCAUAUGAGGAACCUAGGAUAGGCAAAUUCAACACCAAAAUACCAACUAAUCUAUUUUUAAAAAUGGGCAGAGGACCUGAGUAGACACGUUUCCAAAGAAGACAUACAGAUGGCCAGUGGACACAUGAAAAGAUGCUCCACGUCGCUCAUCAUCAGGGAAAUGCAAGUCAAUCUCAAAACAAUGUGAUAUCACCUUACAUUUGUCAGAAUGGCUGGUAUCAAAAAGACAAGAAAUAAGAAAUUCUGGCGAGAAUGUGGGGAAAAAGGAACCCUCUUGCAUUGUUAGUGGGAAUGUAAAUUGGUCCAGCCACUCUGGAAAAGAAUAUGGAGGUUCCUCAAGUAAUUAAAAAUAAUUUACCGUAUAAUCCAGUAAUUCCACUGGCUGGGUAUUUACCCAAAGAAAAUGAAAACACUAAUUCAAAUAGAGUAGGCAAAUUCCUGGAGACAGAAAGUAGAAUAGAGCUGGAGAGAGUGUGGGGAGAGAAUAGGCAGUUAUUAUUUAAUGGGUAUAGAGUGGUUUGGGAUGAUGAAAAAGUUCUGGAAAUAGACGUGACGGUCACGCAUCAUUGUGAGUGUACUUAAUGUCACUGAAUGUCACAGUUAAAAUGGUAAUUUUGAAGUUCUGUGUAUUUCAGCCCCCUGCCCAAAAGAUGGCAUUUGGGGGUUAAAGAUGGAGGAGUAGCUUCUGUGGCAUUAGGACAUUAAGGAGGGUGGGAUCCUGUGACCAUGUCCUGUCCCUCUGACUCCUCUACCUCCUGGCCAUAUCCAUUGUCCACCAGCUUUUGCCUGAGCACUGUGGCUGCUGUGGUCUGCUCUCUCCAGCAGCCUCAGCAAUGCCCUUGGUACCUCCUCGCCCCACUGUCACGCUUUCUGGACUUAGGGUCCCCUCUGAACCCUCAUUAAAACAACACCUUCUGGGGCACCUGUGUGGCUCAGUUGGCUAAGUGUCUGACUUCAGCUCAGGUCAUGAUCUCGCAGUUCAUGAGUCCAAGCCCCACACUGGGCUCUGCUGCUCUCUGCCUGCUUUGGAUCCUCUGUCUCGCUCUCUGCCCCUCCCCCACUUGCUCUCUCCCUCUUUCUCUCUCUCUCUCUCUCUCAAAGAUAAAAUAAACUUAAACAACCCCCCAAAAAAAACAAAAACAAAAACAAAAACAAACAUCCAUCCAUCACAGACCCCAUUUGGGAAGCUCCCUAGUCAGAUCCUCCAGGGAACACUUGGAAAAGUACAACCUUCCCCUGCCUGGCAGGACCAUGCUGAUGUGCGAUCCGCCUUUGAGAGCGCUUUGUGUUAUUAUCCCCAGUUUACGGAUGAAAAAACUGAGAGAGGUCACACAAGCUGAACCUCUGACCACAAACCCAGCGUACACAGGAGCAACUGUGAUGUAAUGAGUGAGGCUCAGGAUUUUGUACUGCACUGGGGAGUUUGAACUUUAUUCUUUAGAUAACUGGGAGCCAGCAGAGCUGGGGAGUUCCAGGAGAGGUGCUCCAUCAUAAUUCUCACCAUCUGACAUAAUACCUAUUUACUUGCACUUUAUUAUCUGUCUCCCCUCAGUGGAAUGUAAGGCAGAUGGGGACAAGCGAGGCCUUCAUUUUGUUCAGUGCUUUGAACAUGCCUGGAACCUUCUAAAGGCUCAGUAAACAUCUGUAGAAGACAGAAAGAAAGGGAGCGAUGUUAUUUGAUAAUAACAGCAACCUGUGCACUUUACACAUAUCUCAUUUCAUCUAACAACCUCAUGACGUAAGGGACCCCCUCUUUUUCCCCCCAGGUAAGGAAAAUGAGAGAUUAAGUCACUUCUCUGAGGACAAAGCUAGGCAAGCUGGCAAAACCAGGAUUUAAACCCUGGCAGUCUGACUCCAGAGCCUGGGCAUUUAACACUGUGCUACACAGCCUUCCUGCAGAAGGCUAUUCUGGCCGGAUGGAAGGUCUCCACUGCUGAUGAAGCUGUGACCCAAAGAAUCCAACCCCUGGCAGCCAUCUGCUCCAUAGCCAUAGCCCACAUUCCCAUGCCCUGCUUGCUUUGGGGCUCUCUCUGUGCGGCCUCCAGGCCCCGCCCUGGAGAUGAACGCGAUGCCAGGGUCCUAGUGUGCCUCACGAUGCCCCCAGCCUAGCUCCUCCCCACACUUCGGUACGAUGUUGCCCAACUCUACCAACAGUUCUGUUCCCUCUGCCAACGGUUCUGUUCCCCCGUGCCCCGACUACCGGCCCACCCACCGCCUGCACAUGGUGGCCUACAGCCUGGUGCUGGCCGCAGGGCUCCCCCUCAACGCGCUGGCCCUCUGGGUCUUCCUGCGCGCGCUGCGCGUGCACUCCGUCGUGAGCGUGUACAUGUGCAACCUGGCGGCCAGCGACCUGCUCUUCACCCUCUCGCUGCCCGUGCGCAUCUCCUACUACGCCCUGCACUACUGGCCCUUCUCCGACCUCCUGUGCCAGACAGCGGGCGCCAUCUUCCAGACGAACAUGUACGGCAGCUGCAUCUUCCUGACUCUCAUCAACGUGGACCGCUACGCGGCCAUCGUGCACCCGCUGCGGCUGCGCCACCUGCGGCGGCCCCGCGUGGCGCGGCUGCUCUGCCUGGGAGUGUGGGCGCUCAUCCUCGUGUUCGCCGUGCCCACCGUCCUGGUGCACAGGCCCUCGUCCUGCAGCUACGGCGGCGGCCAGGUGCGCCUGUGCUUCGAGAGCUUCGGCGACAGGCUGUGGAAGGGCGGGCUGCUGCCGCUCGUGCUGCUGGCCGAGGCGCUGGGCUUCCUGCUGCCCCUGGUGGCCGUGCUCUACUCGUCGGGCCGGGUCUUCUGGACCCUGGCGCGGCCCGACGCCACGCAGAGCCAGCGGCGGCGGAAGACCGUGCGCCUCCUGCUGGCCAACCUCGUCAUCUUCCUGCUGUGCUUCGUGCCCUACAACGCCACGCUGGCGGUGUACGGGCUGCUGCGGGGCAACCUGGUGGCGGCGAACAGCAAGGUCUGCGAUCGGGUGCGCGGGGUGCUGAUGGUGAUGGUGCUGUUGGCCGGCGCCAACUGCGUGCUAGACCCUCUGGUGUAUUACUUCAGCGCCGAGGGUUUCCGCAACACCCUGCGAGGCCUGGGCACUCCGAACCGCGCCAGGACCUUGGCCACCAACGGGGCUCAGGGGGGGCUCGCCGAACAGCCCACUGAGACCACUUGCAUCACCACCCCGGCUACCGCCGAACAGGGGCUGCUCAGGCCCUCCAACGUGGGGACACCCUUAACCCAGCUCCCCGAGGACUCGGCCCUCUGACAGCACAUCAUGCCAUCGCGCGGUCACCCCCACCUCUCACCCCCUCGCCGCUGACACGCAUUAGGGUGUGUACAUGAGGGAAGUGGAUUGGGCACUUGGGACUUCUGGAAGGCAACUCCCGCCCAGAAAUGCAGAAAAGAACAAAGUGUGGGGAGCCUGGGAAGGAGGAGCACUGUGCUAAUGGCCUUCUUUAAUUUGGUGGUGAUGGUGAGCCUGAGGCCGACCCCUUCCCCAGUCCCUAGGAAGUGAAGCUGUGAGCUUUCCCAAUGCAGAGGCAGAUGACUGGAUGGCAUGCCCUUGGCGUGGUCAUGAAACACUCUUGAGAGCCGGGAGAUGGAGCAGAAAGUGGGUGUCCUGGAUUUACAGCCACCACAGUAGUCUUAGGACCUCAGGUGCCACCCACCCUCAUUUCCACCUGGGCUUCCCUUGCCCAGAACUUCCCUUGCCCAGUAAACUCAACGAUACAGAGUUUAAUGGAUACAGACAGAAUUGGUUUCCUUCUUGGUUAGUGACUUGUAACAAUUUGGACCUGGCACCCAAACUGGGGUGGUUGGGGGCAGGACAAAACUGUGUGUUGGAGGGUAUUUUUUUCCCCAGAUCCAGUCCCUGUAGCCCUUUUCACCUUUCUCUGUCCACCCCACACCGCUUUUGAGACUGCCUCCAUUCUAGGUCCUAAAUUCUCUCUCUCUGCCUCAGGUGCAUCAUCUAGAAUUAAGGAGAAAAUUCUUUGUACUUAAGUAGCAGUUCUUAAACUUUGUUCCCAGACCCUUUAACAACUCAAGGAUUCCAAAGAGCUUUUGCUUGCACUUUAUUCUUUUGAGACUUAACCAUAACAGAAAUUAGAACUCACGAGUGUUAACAACAGAAACACACAAGCACACUUUCCAUUAGCUGUGAGAGCAAUAAUGUCAUCACAUUUCAUGAAGCCUCUGGAAAACUCCACUGUAUACCUGUGAGAGAUGAGAAUGCAAAGAACAAAUGACAUGGUGGGAGAAGCAGGAUUCCAAAAAUAACUUUGACCUUGUGGACAUCCUUAAAGAGCCAGUAUUAGAGCUCACGUGUAAUUUCUUCCCAGGGCAUAUACAUACAUUGUUUUUUAUUACUACCAGGGACAGGGCAGCACUUGGGCAAAUCAAUUGCUAAUUGUAGUCCAGAAGGCUUGAGGGUUUGCAGGGGAUAGGUGGGAGUUGCACACCCAGUGUAACACCACCUUGGACUUCCUGGAGCGGCAGCCCUGAGGUGGGGGUGAACUAGUCACACAAACACUCUGAGGAGGGGCAGGGCUCCUCUCUCCCUGGGAAGGGAAAAAGGAACUAUUGCCACAGCCAGGAAAGAACUUUCCAGCGAAAAAAGAGUGCAAUGGGAGGACAGGAAUAGGCUGGCUGUUCUUUGCAAGCUGGAGGCAAGGGACAUGGAAGACUGGUUCAUGGGCCACCUACUGUUUUCUUCCCUCUUUACAGGAGUUGGGCUGGGAGGGGUUGCAGAGUUGGCAUCUUGAGACUCUGUGUAACUGAGGAAGUUGCUGCCAUGCGUGUGUCCUGUAUGCAUUUCUGUCUCUGUGUCUCUCAAUGAUGUAUGUUUCUGUGUGUGGGAGUGGGGAAAGAGAGAUGGAGAGAGAGAGAGUAGAAAGAGAUUGAGAGAGACAGACAGUGUUAGGGUUUUCCUGUGUGUGUCUCUGUGUGUUUUAGUUUGGAGCAAGCCUUUUGUGUGUCUUUAAGCGAGUGCUUCAGAUGGUGAUUUACAGGGGUAAAAUGACCCCUGGUGGCCAAAGCAGAGAAGUGACCCAGAUUCCUCAGUGAUAGCUUUCAAGUAGAGCCUUCCACCAUCAGGUGCGAUGAUACAGCCCUGGGCCAGGCCCUCUGGUUGCUCUAGAAGAGGCCUGAUGGUUAGCACCUGACCCAUCUUGCUUCAUCCUUAGGGUUCAAGACCCAUGCCCUCCCAGCCCUAGGAGUAUCAAACGUGGUUGUAUUCCAAAGUCUCAGAACUUUGCCCUACCCAACCGAACUGGAUUGAACACAGUUGUUAAAAAUUACUUGAGUAUUUUUAUAUUCUGAUAUGUGAAUGGAUUCCAAAGUACCAAAAAUUCACAUAGCAAGCAUCUAACAUUCUAUAUAAUUUACUUAUUUAUUUUUAUAAUUUUUAAUUUUUAUAGUUUCUUGUCUGUUUCCCCACCCCUUCCCUCCCCCCCCCCCCCAGGUAUGAUGUAAGGUCCCUGGAGGCAGGGAUUUUGGUUUGCUUGGUUCUUUGAUGUAUCUCCAGCAUCUAGAACAGCUCCUGGCACACAAAAAGUGCUCAAUAAAUACUUGUUGAAUGAUAAACAGUUGAA